AUGAUGGAUGAACAAGGAGGGGAGCAGCGCCUUGACGCAGUCUCGCUGGCAUCGCUUACGUCGUUGGGCGCAGCAACGAAGGCGGCCCACGAUCGGGACAAGAAGCGUGCAUUGCGCGAGCGCAAUCUGCUGGAUCUCUCUACGCGUCUGGCCACGUUGGCCGACGACCCUGGGGCGUGGUUCAGCGACGUCGUGCUCCACCUCGGGCCGCAGCGCGAGCCAGUACCCGCGCAUCGCGCCGUCUUGGCCACCGCCUCUCCCAUUCUGCACGCGCUUCUGCUCUCGUCUGCGAGCUCAUCACAAGCUGGGGCGGUUGCCGAGCUGGAGCUGCCCGACGUCGAUCCACAGACGUUCAAGAUGCUGUUGCGUUUCGUCUACUCGGGGGCGCUGCACGCGGGUAGUGGCCUCUCCACCGAUGCGGGCCUCCAACUUCUCGAGCUCGCCGAGCGUUUCGACGUGCCAGGCCUCGCUGGCGUCUGUCUCGACAGGUACGUGCGUAAGGUGAUCUCGCACGAGAACGCGUUCGACCUGUUCGCCGAGACCUACACGAAGCACAAGCAGCAGAUCUCGAUCGAGUGUCUCUACUUCAUCGAGGAGCACUUCUCCAAGCUGCUCAAGCACAACCGGGCCGGCUUCCGCCAGCUGCCCGAGGCCGUGCUCGCCGAGGUCCUCAAGAGCGACCGCCUGUCCGUCGGCGACGAGUACAUGCUCUUCCUGGCCCUCGUCGACUGGGGCCGCGCAGCCCUCGCUCGCGAACAGCCCGACCUCGUCCCCUCGUCACCUUCAUCUUCCUCCUCCUCUUCAUCUUCAUUGUCUUCUUCUUCCUCCUCCUCCUCUUCCUCAUCGUCGUCGUCGUUGUCGUUGCCGUCCGCCACCUCGCCGGCCCUCACCGACGCCCUGCGCCGCCGCCUGGCGUCGCUCAUGGCCCACAUCCGCUUCCCCAUGAUGUCGCCCCAAGGUCUCGAGGAGGCGGAAAAGACGGGGCUGGUGCCGGCCGAGCUGCUCUAUGAGGCGUUCAGGCACCACGUGCUGCUGCGGGACGGGGUGGUGGCCGAUGGGGAGAGCCCCGACGUCGGGGACGCGGCCCUCUCCGCCGCCGCCUCUUUCUCCUCUUCUUCUUCGUCUUCGCUGCUGGUCGAAGAGGACCAGAAAAACCCGCGGCUGCGGCGACGCAAGUACCACACCUACUUCCUCUGGGAUCCCUCCUGGCACGGCCAGAACAUCCAGAUCGAGGACCAGGGCCGGACGGCGCGCAAGGUCAAGGCCGGGUGGUACUCGCUGGCGAUCGGGUCGACGGGCUUCUCGACGGGCAAGCACUACUGGGAGAUCAAGGUCAACGGGCAGGAGUUCUCGGUGGGGGUCGUGCUCAAGUCCCUCCCCUCCACGCAGCUCGACAAUUACCUCGCGGCGUCGACGGACGCCUGGGCCUACGAGGCCGUCGCCCAGCGCAAACGUGGCGGCGUGCGCACGGCGUACGGUGAGGUGUACGGCGUGGGCGACCACAUCGGGGUGCUGCUCGACCUCGAACAGGGCCACCUCUCCUUCUUCAAGAACGGCAAGUCCAUGGGGCCGGCCUACACCGACCUGCCCACGGGCACCCCUAUUUUCCCCGCCAUCGGCUGGCGAGACGGCACGGCCACGAUCGUGCCGGCCUGGUGCUGUUCGAUGGACUUGUGA